AUGCUCCCGGCGAACCCGACGCCAAUUGUGAUCGUGUCUGGGGUGCCGGCACCUAUCAUAGUACCUACUGCUGCACCAACGACGGCAACUACGACCACGACUGCUGCAACCACGAACGCCACGGUCGCACCUACCCCAGCACCUACAACUACUACGACUACUACAGCAGCAACGACUACCACUACGGCAGCUCCUACGACUGCGUCUACAACCACAACUACAACCACUACUGCUGCCACGACGACCACAACCACAACUACUUUAGGUGGCAUGCUUUUGUCUCUCAUAAUUUGUAUGGAUCCUGACGUAGUAUGUAUAUCUAAUCCUGAUGAAACCACCACAGGCCCGCUCCCGAUUGACCCUCGGCUCGGCACCACCCCGGCUUCUUCGGCAGCUGUUAAUAUGCCGCCUAUAAAUGGAUAUAGUGCACAGAUACCAUCAUACAAUACCGCUGUCAAUUUCCCACGGCAACGCAGAAGCGUAGACCAGAAAUCCGGAGUAAACAUAAAAGAGUUCUUAUGUAACUUAGGAUCGGAAAAAGAGCACAAAAUUGUAAAGAGACAAAGUAACUGUGCAUGUGUGCCUACUGGAACUUGUAUUCGGUCCAGUACAAAUUCAGGUGCUGGUAUGAUUGAUAUCAGGAUUGUUACUCCGGUAGUAACUCAGUGCCCAGCUGGUCAGGAGUAUUGUUGCGGCAACACUACAACGUCUACACUGAUAUCUUGCGGAACGCUGCAAUCUGUGCCAACUACAGCUAUCACGCCGGCUGCUGGACAAGCUAACUUCGGAGAAUAUCCUUGGCAGGCACUAAUAUUGACGAAACAAAAUGACUACAUAGCUGGAGGUGUGCUGAUUAAUCAGUUGAAUGUUCUGACUGUCACCCAUCGAUUGCUGCCAUAUGUUGUUUCAGGCACAGCUCCAAAUGUAAAAGUCCGUCUUGGUGAAUGGGAUGCAGCUGGAACUUACGAGCCUGUCCCUUUCCAAGAGUAUACAGUAACCAAGGUCUUCAGCCACCCCAAUUACAACGCUAAUACCUUGCAAUACGAUAUCAUGGUGUUGAGGCUAUCAGCUACUGUGCCUAUCACACCUAACGCUGGAGCAGCUGUCACUAUCAACAGAGCUUGUUUACCGCCGACGUCUAGUACCACAUAUACAGGACAAAGAUGCUGGGUAUCAGGUUGGGGAAAAGACAUGUUUGGCAUCCAAGGCCAGUACCAGCAAAUACUCAAAAAGGUCGACGUGCCCAUAGUAGCCCCAGCCACAUGUCAGACUCAGAUGCAAACAGCGCGACUUGGAGCAUCAUUUGUACUGGACACCACUUCUUUCAUCUGCGCUGGAGGAGAAGCUAAUAAGGAUUCGUGUACAGGUGACGGUGGUUCAGGCUUAGUAUGCCAAGUGAAUGGCCAAUGGGUCGUUGUGGGGCUGGUGUCGUGGGGUCUCGGAUGCGCUAAUGCGAACGUUCCCGCCGCAUACGUCAAUGUAGCAGCUUUCUUGCCCUGGAUACAACAGCAGGUGGCCACUGCAUAA